AUGAGCAAUGCAGGUGAAGAGAGAUGGCGCGGGCCUUCCCGUCACUCGUCACAACGCCAGACAGGCCACGGGCACCGUGACAGAACCGGCCAUCAUGGAGGUGGUGGUCAUGGUCGAGGAGGACAUUCAUCCUGGGGUGCCAACACUUCCACCCCAAAUGCCCCUUCUUCUACACAGGACCACCAUGUGCCUGUCCGCGGAUUCAAUGCCAUGGAGGCUAAGAACAUGCUGAAGCAAGGACUCAAUGAGUCGAGACCAACCUUCUACAAGCCUACCGCCAAGGACACCACCAACCCAAAGUCAGCAGGUGGCCCAUGGGGCUCUAAGCCUAAUAUCAUGGCCAACGGAAAAGACUUUUGGCUCGAGCUGCGAAAGCAAGUCGCCAGUCUUCAACGCGGUAGCGGUGGCGGUCCUCCCGUUGGUGGUUGA